UUAAGUGUGAAAUGCACCUAAACGUUCUGGGUCAUUUUUCAUCCCUUCCUCUGUGAAACUGGGAGAUAGUUGUGUCUUGGGCUGAGAUGGAACGUGGGCGAUGAGAACAAACGGCUUAGAGCAGAGCUGAAUUCUUUCCGAAGCUUGGGUGCCCAUACUGGGCAUCUCUGCUUGCGCGCCGGGUCACUUCACUCCCCACCCCUGCGAGCAUGAUGCACUGCGAAAACAUUCGCUCUCUGCAGGACGCCUCUGAGUGGUUCAUAACUGGGAAAAUCUUGCCCCAGGUUUAAAAUAUUUGCCCAAGCAACCCAGCGCUGGUGAAACGCUUUCCCAUUGCUCCUUGCUCCCGGCGGGCGCUCCCCGCCCUCUGCUGCCAGAACCUUGGGGAUGUGCCUAGACCCGGCGCAGCACAAGUCCCGGCCAACCGCUGCAGAACAAACCCUUGGCGGGCGGCCAGGAGGCUCCCUCCCAGCCACCGCUCCCCCCCCCCCCCCCCCCGCCGCCAGCGCCUUUUUCUCCCCCAUACAAUACAAGAUCUUCCUUCCUCAGUUCCCUUAAAUAACAACCCAGAGAAAUCUCAGAGCCUUCAUCCAGCCACCGGCCAGCAUGUCUGGGGGCAAAUACGUAGAUUCCGAGGGACAUCUCUACACUGUUCCCAUUCGGGAACAGGGCAACAUCUACAAGCCCAACAACAAGGCCAUGGCAGAAGAGAUGAACGAGAAGCAAGUGUACGACGCGCACACCAAAGAAAUCGACCUGGUCAACCGCGACCCCAGGCAUCUCAACGACGAUGUGGUCAAGAUUGAUUUUGAAGAUGUGAUUGCAGAACCAGAAGGAACACACAGUUUUGAUGGCAUCUGGAAGGCCAGCUUCACCACCUUCACUGUGACAAAAUACUGGUUUUACCGCUUGCUGUCUGCCCUCUUUGGCAUCCCAAUGGCCCUCAUCUGGGGCAUUUACUUUGCCAUUCUUUCUUUCCUGCACAUCUGGGCAGUUGUACCGUGCAUUAAGAGUUUCCUGAUUGAGAUUCAGUGCAUCAGCCGUGUGUAUUCCAUCUACGUCCACACCUUCUGUGACCCGUUCUUUGAGGCUGUUGGCAAAAUAUUCAGCAAUAUUCGCAUCAACAUGCAGAAAGAAAUAUAAAUGACAUUUUAAGGAUAGAAGUAUACCUGAUUCUUUUUUUUUCCUUUUAAUUUUCUUGGUGCCAAUUUCAAGUUUCAGGUUGCUGGUACAGCAACAGUAUAUGAAUGAAUUUUCUUGGUUCAGAACAAAGAAAUCACUCAGUUUUCAUAACUAUUAUUUGUCUCUUCUGAGCUAUUUCAUCUAUUUUUUUUUUGGUGGUCUCGAUUUUUCAAACCCAUUUAAAAAUUUUUCCUUACAUUCUUAUUUGCAUGUGGACCAUUGUUUUAUUGACUGAGAUAUGGACCUAUUGUUGAGAGGUAAUUUGAGAGAAAUAUGAAGAACUGAGGAGGAAAAAAAAAGAACAAACAACCUCAAGUGCCUAUUCUAAAAUGUUGAUCAUUUUAUGGUAAGGGAAGAAUUCCUGGCUAUGGCCAUUAAGUAUACAGGUAUGUGGGCAGGUUUUAAGCAAACUCUUCCCCCACCAUCUGAAGUGUUAGUAGAUUGUUGCUAUUCACUUUAAUGAUCCAAUUGGAUCUAGUGAUCUUUAUCAAGUUAGAAAACAUAAUCUGCAGUCACAUGUUCCAACUAAUGCCUUACACUUCUUGAAUUUUAACCUGUGAUUCUUUCUGUGCCUGAAUAUUUGUUAUAUAGAUAAUGAGACCUAAGUGCCUUCCUGUUCUUCACAUUUUCCUUUUCAAAUAGGGUCCAACUCAUUAACUUUCAUUAGGUCAGCAGCCUUCCUGAAGACCAAAAUUAGAAAAUCCAUUCUCCACACUUGUUUCUGACUCUCAGAAACAGAGCUGGAUAAAGUUCAUGUCUGCAUUUGAUCACGCAGCAUCUUUAUCCAUAUCAAGUAUGGUCUACAUCAACCCCAUGAAACGAAUUAAGGUGAAUGAAUGGGACUGAGCCCUCUCUGGGCUGGCAGGAGUGGAAGCCAACUUUCCCUGCCUCUCAUCAACUGAAUGAGGUCAGCAUGUCUAUUCAACUUCGUUUAUUUUCAAGAAUAAUCACGCUUUCCUGACUCCAAACUAAUCCAUCACUGGGGUGGUUUAGUGGCUGAACAUUGUGUUCCCUUUUCAGCUGAUCAGUGGGCCUCUGGGGAAGGGCUCGUAAAAUGGAGGCCAUUGUGUGAGACUGUCAGAAUUGUUGCAAAUGUGACCCCCUUCAAAGUAAAGCACUUGUAACCGUCUGUUAUGCUGUGACACACAGCCCCUCCCCCUGCCAGGAGCUUUGGACCUAAUCCAAGCAUCACUUUGCUCAGAAAGAAGAUGGGGAAGGAGGCAGUAAUGAAAGAUUGAGGUAAUUUUGCUGGAAUAAAUUCAAAUUCUUCUGAACUCAAACUGAGGAAUUUCACCUGUAAACCUGAGUCAUACAGAAAGCUGACUGGUACAUUUAAAAGCUUUUUAUUCCUCCUGCUCAUAUUAAGAGGCUGACCUUGGGGACAUUAUUUUUAACCUUCAGUUAUAUGCUUUUAUUUUUAUUUUCAUAUACCUAUUUGGAACUCUGCUUGAUUUUAUUUUUCAUCUCUUCUAGUUUUCCUGACACUUUAAUUAUCAACCUGUUACCUACGUUUAAGUUUUGCAUUUUAAAACAGACACUGGCAUGGACAUAGUUUUACUUUUAAACUGUGUACAUAACUGAAAAUGUAGUAUAUUGCAUACUUUUUAAGUGUAAAGAUAUUUUUAUCUUUAUAUGAGGAAAAUCACUUGGGGAAUUGCUUUGUGAUUCAAUCUGUAAACUGUGUAUCCCAAGACAUGUCUGUUCUAGUCCGUCAUGCAAAUCAAUUGCUGGUCCAAAAGAUUGCUGAAAUUUUAUAUGCUUACUGAUAUAUUUUACACUUUUUUAUCUUGCAUGUCCUGUAAAGGUUAAAAGCCUGCACAAUAAAAAUGUUUAACAGUUCAA